AUGAGAGAAGAAAUCGUUCGUUCACUGGAUGACUGGGAGCGAGCGUUACUUCGUGACUUCGUUCGUGGCAAGGGCCAUGGCAGCGUUUCCAGGAUUCCAGUCGAACUCUUUAAUGAGCAAUCUACAGAUCUCGAAGAUGCUGAAGAGAACAAUUUCGUUGCGGCAUUUAUCGAUCGGCGAAAACCCUUACUUCAAAAAGUGGACAUAUCCAUUGCAUCAACUCUGCCAUCCACAUCACCAUCGUCACCCCCACCUCACUCAUUGCUACCGUCAACACCGUCGCGAAUUGUGACUCGAGAUGAAAAUGUUGACGAAACCUCCUUGAAAACUAAACUAAUUGAAAUAAGAAUUCAGGGUUCGGCUAAUCAAACGAACGAUGGUUAUUACAAUUUUGUUGCAUCCAUUACUCUUGUUGAAGACAAUGGAAAGAACAUAUUAGUUGAUACUGGACUUGGAACAGAUAUUAAUGGUAGAAUGGAAUUGUUGAAGGCAUUACAGAAACAAAAUAUCGCACCUCCGAAUAUCGACAUCGUUGUGACAACACAUGGUCAUCCAGAUCACGCCGGCGGUGUACACGAUUUUCCGGAUGCGAUACACUAUCAGGGAUGGUACAUUCAUCAUCACACUAUAUUUAACCUAAGUAGUCUUUUUGAGAGUAACCAACAUUCACUCACCGAUAAUGUUUACCUAAUGAAAUCAACUGGACACUCAUCAGAUGAUAUCGCUGUGGCUAUUAUUGACGAACAAAACAUGGGAAGAGUAAUAAUAUCAGGUGACACUUUUAUGAGACGUGAAGAUCUUGACUAUCCAAUGAUGUGGCAACCGCUGAGUGCUAACGAAACAGAACAAGCUAUAUCACGACGAACGAUGAUUUGCCAAGCAAACUGGAUCGUGCCUGGACAUGGUGCACCGUUCCAAGUUACAAAAGAAAUGCGUACGCAGUUUUUUUGCUGA